CUGCCGGACCACGUAAUCAACUAGAAGGAAGAAUGAGUAGAACCAGCACCCCUAAGCCUACUACCCCCCGGGCCUCUCCACCAAGGUUUACACCCUCUCCUAGGACCACACCUACUCGCACCACGCCUACUCGCACUACGAAACUAUCCCCAGCUAAAUCCAUUCCGCUCACCCCGAGUAAGAUCCGUGAUCAAGGAAACCAUAGUAUGAGUAUGCUUGGAGCUGAACGCUACAAAAACCAGCUCCAUACAACAGCUAACAGUGAGCUCUUCAAAGAGGGUCCUAAGGUUCGGACUAUGUAUAGACGGCCUAGUGAACUAGGCAUGUCAACUACACCAAUGGAGGACAAGUCAGAAGUUAGAAGGCAGUAUGAUGUGAAGAACAUUGGCCGAGGGCAUAUUGUUAAACCGAUCCCUGAUCAUGAACAUUCCUACCAUGCAUCUGUCCCUGACUGGGAGGAGGAUCUGGUGAAAGAUACUGAGUCACAAUCUCACUACAAGGAUCUACACGCAAAGCGACCAAUCUGCAACAGGAUUGCUGAUACACUCAAGAUGGAAGGUGAAAUAGAGAAGGAUAGUGAGGUCCAGGCUACUUAUAAAGAUUUACACGCUAAACGUCCCAUCAUACAUAAGUUAGUUGACCACGAUUCUGAGAUCCAGCCUCAUUUACCCAUGGAGGAGACUAGCGAGUACAGAUCCACCAUUAACAAACUUGAGGGCAUGCAGCUGAAGGGAGAGAGAGUACUUCCCCCUUGGCUUGGAGUGCAGAAGAUUACUCCUUUCGGGACAAGCCAGGAUGUUACACGAGAGUAGGACGCAUGCUUUAUACGAUCAGCUGGUAAUCUGACAUCAGCUACUACAAUUUCGAAACAUAUUGUAUUUUUUAAAACAUGAAAACCAAAGAAAACAGCUAACGAACCAAAAAAAAA